AUGUACCUUUGCAUCUUAGCUGGUGCGAUGUGGGGUGUGCCUGUGGCACUUCCUAUUAUCGGAGCAUGUAUUCAAGUCGUACCUAGGUGGCAACAACGCAUUGACUCAUGGAAGGACACCGUUCAACAGUAUGAAAGCAGUCUUUUCUCAUAUCUUACGAUUCUAAGAAUGAUGCCCGUGCCACCACACUUCCUAGUAAACAUUAUAUCACCACAUCUGGGCAUCCCGAUGGGGAUUUUCUUCAUGUCCACUGUGUGUGGGGUGUUUUGCUCGUCGCUGAUCUACACAGCCAUUGGUGAGGGUAUUGAACAAAUUACUUCCUCCGAUUCUUUGCGCAUAUUUACAUGGAAAAAUGUGACUCUGAUCACAAUUGUGGCUCUGGCAUGCGCUCUUCCUGCCUGGGUAAAAGGACGAGUACAGACACCAGAGGACAAUCCUGUGCAAUUGAGCUCUAUUCGAUUGCCAACAAAUACGGGACAAACAACAGAUGUUUCUUGGAGCGGUCGGAUUCACAAUCUGUAUCAGUCGCUCCUGGCGCUUGUACAUCCAGCUUUACGUGCAAGCUCAGAGGAGUCGCAAGACCAUGAUGAGAGGGACGAAACAGGGAGGCGUGAUUUUGCUGAUGAGUCCCUUUUGGCCUGGCAGGAACAAGCGUUUGUGCCUGGACUGCGUACGAUGUCUUCUGCACCACCCAUUAAUCAAGACCACCAUUUUUCGAUCGGCAGAUUCUACGACAAUCAAAAUAUUUAA